AUGGCGAACAAACUUGUAGUAGUGCUCGGAGCGACUGGACACCAAGGCGGUUCAGUGGUGACCGCCCUUCUCAAUCAUGGUGGAUACAGCAUUCGCGGUCUUACACGUAACACCGAAUCUCUCCCAGCUAAGGAUCUGGCUGCUAAAGGCGUAGAGAUGGUCCAAGCAUCACUCAUCGACAAGUCCAGUCUGGUAGCAGCGUUCAGGGGUGCUUAUGCUAAGGUGUAUGCAAUCACACUACCGUUCACGGGCGUGAACGAGGACGUGAUGGGAAGGAAUAUCGUCGAUGCUUGCCGGGCGAACAACGUCCCUUUGCUCGUCCUCUCCUCCCUGCCAAGCUCCUUAGAGGUGUCUAACGGGAAAUUUAACGUCCAGUUGAUGGAAGAGAAAUGCCGAGUGCCUGCUUACGCGUCCGAAGUCGGUCAACCAACUGUUGUAUUUUACCUCGGCGCCUUUUGCGAAAAUCUACUCCAACACAUGGGUCGAAGUCAGCUCCAGCCUGUCUCCGCCGACCGUACGAAAUGGCAAAUCUUCUACCCUAUCGUGCCCGCUUCUGUCCCCCAGCCGCUGUCGUAUAUCUCCGCUGAUGUGGGGCCGUCGGCGCUGGCGGUGAUCGACCGUUGGGAAGAUCCUGCCGCCAGAGAGAGGCUGACGAAGGCGCCGAUUGUGGUGUGUUCGUUCAUGAUCACAGGGGAAGAGAUGGAACAGACCAUUGCAAGGGUAACAGGAAAGGAAGUGAAGUACGUUCCCAUUCAAGUCCCGGAGCCUAUGAAGACUAUGUUCGACUUCUGCGCUGAGGUUUGGUACCCGGAUGAGCUUCCUCCUCCUGUGUUGAAGGAUCUGGGCGUGAAGUUCCACACGUUUGAGGACUAUGUGAGGGAAGAAGUUGUUCCGUUUAUGGCGAAGCAGUAG